AUGAAGUUCGUCAACAGCCUCGCCCUCCUGGCCACUGCCACCGCGGUCUCCGCUAGCCCUGUCCAAAAGAUCUUCAACCUGGUCACCUCCGGAGCUUCAGACGCUAGCAACAAUGGUCUCUACCUUACCACCGAGCACGUGGACCCCUUGAACAGCAAGGCCGUGUUCCGGGAAAAGACCGACGCGGCCGACUUCUACGUUGUCAACGGCACUGUCCGCUACGAUGCGUCGAACGGUGCGCCUUACGCUAUUGCUCUGGUUUCCGGGGAAGACCUCCAGGGUGAUGUGGAGAUCAGCGUUAGCCCGACAACUGGCAGUGAGGGAUUUAGCUUGACGAGCGAGAAGGAAUUGCAGACUUCUAACAAGGAUUUUGGUGGUUGGUUGGUUUGUGCCGGUGAUGACGAUCUCCAGGGCCUGUUCUAUGAGAACAGCAGUGCCGGAGGUGAUGUCCCGGAAGGCUGUGAUGCCGUGCAGCUGGAUGUCGUUUACAAGACCUCUUCCUAG